CGCGUCCGAAGGAUGGUGUUGUGUUAGAGGGAGUGGGAGAGGAGGGUGAGGGGUACCCACAAAGAUGUUGCGUGAUUUUUUGGAAAUUUAUUUAUUUAAAUAAAAAUGGCCGCCGCAGAGAGCGGAGAGGAGAGACUCAGAGGUGAGGACAAGAAUGAAGACCAAGAGGGCUCAAAAGACAAGACGCAGAAGCAGAAGAAAAACAAAAGGGAACGGCAAGAUGUGGAAAAACUGGAGGCCACAGUGUCCGUUCCUCCACCCCCGCCCCUCCCCACGCAGGGGGAUGUUGGACAACGGACGGAGGCAGGGAAGUCUGAACCCAUUGACCCUGAAGUCGGAGCUGCUCUCAGCGCUCCAGAAUCUUCUGCAUCGGCCAAGCAGCGGCGUUCUAUCAUUCGGGACAGAGGCCCACUGUAUGACGACCCUUCACUGCCUCAAGGUUGGACGCGCAAGCUGAAACAGCGCAAGUCGGGGCGAUCCGCUGGAAAAUUUGAUGUCUACCUGAUCAACCCAGAAGGGAAAGCCUUCCGUUCCAAAGUGGAGCUCAUGGCGUACUUCCAAAAGGUGGGCGAUACCACCACGGACCCUAAUGACUUUGACUUCACAGUCACGGGCCGCGGGAGCCCCUCUCGCAGAGAAAAGAGACCGCCAAAGAAGCCUAAAGUAGUCAAACCCUCCGGUCGCGGGAGGGGGCGGCCGAAAGGCAGCGGCAAAGUACGGCAGGCCACUGAAGGGGUGGCUGUAAAGCGUGUUAUAGAAAAGAGUCCAGGAAAACUCCUCGUAAAGAUGCCCUUUGUGGCCCCCAAAUCUGAACCAGGGGCUCCAGUGGGGCAAGCGCCAGUUGCCAAAGUGCGGCGAGGCCGCAAGCGGAAAUCGGAAAAGGAGCCGCCAAGCACGCCUAAAAAACGUGGCCGCAAGCCAGCAGCCGCUUCGCAGUCGGCGGUGGGGACUGGUUCAGCUGCUACAUACGCCGCCGCAGCCAUCCUCACCGCCGAGGCUAAGAAAAAAGCUCAGAAGGAGUCUUCCGUAAAGCCUGUUCAGGAGAGGGCGCUUCCCAUCAAGAAACGCAAAACUCGAGAGACUUUAGAGGAGUUGGAAGGAUCCACCGCUUCCACGACGGAGACCUUCACACCGGGGAUAGCAAAGCGACUGACUGCAUCAACUGUGACCCCUACUGGGGAGGAGGUAGAAACGAAGUCUCACAAGCAUCCUGUCCGGAAGUACAAAGAGGCGUCCACGGAUCCAGGGAAUGGCAGCAGCGGCAGUGGGACGGCGACCAGCGGCAGCGUACCGAAGAGUCACAAGAAGAGAGAUCAGCGAGGGCAGCACUUUAAACACCACCACCAUCAUCACCAUCACCAACACCACCAUCUGCAGGCCAUGCCGCCCUCCACCUACACCCCGCAGGCUCACCAGCUCUCCCUAGGUCACUCCACGCAAGGGGGGCCGCCUGCGAUGACGGAAAACGAACCCCAGGACUUGAGCACCUCCAGGCCCAAAGCGGAGCACUGCAGGGAGGAAGCCAGAACUGAUAGCUCCUCGAGCAGGGACGCUCAGAACGCAAGCAAGAUGGCCUCCUCUGACCUGAGAGGGCAGCAGAUGACUGUGACGGGGGAUGGCAAGGAGCUGAGAGACAUUGUUCCUCCCUCUGCCGUCCCGAGGCCGAGCCGAGAGGAGACGGUCGAGUCCAGGACACCAGUGAGCGAGCCAGUGAGCUGACUGACUUAAGUGACUGAUGGGCGGGAAGAGGCGGAGGCGGCCGCGGGCGAGACGAGUGAUUUCUCGUUCUUUUUUACUGAGGAAAAGAAGAAAAAGGAAACAAAAAUAUACAAAAAUGUAAACGUACUUAAACAAAAGGCAGCUGUUGUCUCGUUCUCUCUGUGGGUUGGACGCGGGGCGAUAAUUCUCUUUGCUUCCGGAUGAAUUCUCUGCUAAACCUUUUCUUUAUGGUUUCCUUUUAUUUCCCACUAUAUCUUUGUAUUAGUAUAUCUUAGCAGUCACCUAAACCAGUUAUUCCUUUGUCAGAGCUUGUAGGAAGUAGAAACACACUCAAGUGGUAAUGGAUACACAAGUCACACGCCAUAGUCGUAGUAAAGCGAAACUUUCCGAUCAAAAAAUGCGCUUGAAAGUACUGCAAUGCCUCAGAGUCAUGUCAUCUCAACCCUAGCAAAAAGGUGUCCUAUCAGUGUCUUUCUUUUGUGUCUAAACGAAUGGCAAGCUGAGGAAGAAAGGGCCACAUUUUCCGAUCUCCACCUUUUCCAUUUGAAUUGGACGCAGCUGUUGCAGCAUCCUCACCCUUGAAAUAAGACGCUAGCUUAACUGACAGAAAAGAACUUCCUAGUUGCGAGUUCAUGCCAAGCCUACAUUUCCAGCCUGUUGACCUGUGAAGAUCAAUUGAAUUUGGAAGUAGUAUUUCUUUUUUUAAGCACACGUCUAUUAAUUAUGAGUAGUUCGGUUAACCUAAACACUUGUUUCGGCGGUGCCUGAGAAAAUGCAUUUUCUUCGGUGGGGCAGAUAAAGCACAAAUGUAUUUGUUAGGGUAUAUUGAAAGCACAGUCCAGUGUAGCAUCUGGAGUAGAUGUCAACUCGCGUAAAAGAAUACGAGAAAAGGAAUUACGUUUACCUGCUUUUUUUUCCAUGAAGUACAAUUUAAAAAGUGGCCUUGUGUUCUUGCGACACAAAUCCCUAACAAAAAAAGCAUACCGUUUCAAAUGAUGUAGCUUUUGGUUUUAUUGUGUGUGUGGUUCAUAGACUAAUCCCAUAGAGCUGCUGUUCUAAAAACGAUUCUGACGGGAAAGUUAAUAGAUGGCUAUAUUUAUAUAAUGUCUUGUCAGGCUGUAGCUGUGUCAAAUGCAUGGGUUGCUGAUGUUUGCGUGCUAUUUAUUACAGUACUCCGAGUUUGUCUUUCUUGUACAUAAAGCCACGUUCAGCACCAACCAUGAGGGUCAAACAUUAUAGAUACUUAGAUAUUUCGAAUCAUGAGUAUUAUUAAACAUUACUUGGCAACAAAUUAAAGAGAAACCUGCAUACAUCGUACAAGACCAUGCAAUUACGAUUAGUUCCAUUAGUUUUCUAAAGCCUACUUUUUUCAAAAUGGCAGAGAACAUUUGCAAUCAGAAAGAAGGACACCAAAUCACAGCUCCGUGCGCAAAGUUGUUAGAGAUUGGACAUACUAAAGAUGUCUUGGUAAUUAAUUUGAUUGUACCUUUGGGAUGAAGCGUAGUCCUAAGGAAAUUCUGAACCAAAACUGAGGAAGUUCUUCUUUGUUGAUUAUGUUAAAUAGAUUUUGCUUUACAGCACUUUUCCUGUUUCAUUUUUGUUUCUUCUUCUAGAUGAACUGCACCUUACUUUUAGAACGUCUUCACAGAAUCAAACAUUGGACUUAAGAAAAGCCUACCAAUUUAUUUGCGUAUAUUUUUCUGGUUAGCCUUGCACAGACUUCUGUUUCAUGUCCGGAGGUUGUUACUUUUUUCAGAUGUGCGCUAGAUUAGAAUGCAUGUUCAGUGUCGUUAUAAAGAGCCAUUCUACCUUUUCUGUAAAAAAAACAAAACAAAACCCAUAUUUAUGAAAUCAUCAUGCAUAAAGGCUACAUUUCACCAAUAAUAGUGUUGGGUCAGGUCAGAGUCGAGUCCAAAUCUUUAGUCAAUUUGUGAGUGGGAAAUGAUUUUUAAUUUCUUGUCAUCAUAAUUUUAUUUUGUUUAUCUAUCAUGUUUCACAUGAUGUGGAUUCGACUUUACUCUGUAAAGAAGGUCUGAAUGUCAUAAUCCGUGUCAAGUUCCACCCAAGUGCAUCCAAGUCUGAGUUCACUCAUAAUAGCAGUCCAACUACCACAUCUCUAACUUAAAGUAUUUGAGAUCACAUAUUUAUGGCCAGUAAUGAGAUGACAAAGGCAGUUUGUAAAUGUCCUGAUGUUUGACUGUUACAUGCAACUCUGUGUGCUUGUCUAAUCUAAUAGAAAUAAAUUAUAUAUAUAUAUAUAUAUAUAUAUAUAUAUAUAUAUAUAUAUAUAUAUAUAUAUAUAUAUAUAUAUAUAUAUAUAUAUAAACAUUAUUAUAAAUUAUGUAUAAAACCAAUUACAGACAUCUGGGUCUGAUUACGGAUUAUGAUUUUGUUUUAUAGAUAAUGCAAUUGCUGUUUCGAGUGAGAGUUGCUGCUCCUUUUUUUUUUUUUUUUUUCCCAAAGUAUUGUGGUCAUUUUUUUUUGUGUAUGAAAUCUUCACGGUUAUUGUGGCAUGGGUGAUGGAUGUGCAUUGUCACUGACAUAAAUGCUGAAAAAUAUGUACAACUAAACCUUAAUCAGAGUCAUAACACUUGUUAGAUCUUUUGGUCUGGUAGUUCAACUAGAGCAUGGUGUUUGUUUUUGUUUGGGUUUUUUUUUUAUAAACUUGCUAUCGUUUAGGAGAUCAGUUGCAUGCGAGAGAGAACUUGCUGGCCCUUUUUUCCGAGAGUGUUUUAGAGUAGGCCGUUAUCUGGAAUCUUACUUUUUUUUGUCGCUAAAUGUGUAGAUUAAAUGAUGAUCGACAAUCACGAAGAACAUUGCAUAUUUAUUUUUCCCCUCGAGUCUUAUUAAGAUUGAAAGCGUCUCCAUUCUCUUCCUCCGGCCUCCCGCUCCCUCGACCCUCACGGGGGGAAGAGGCACAGAGAAUAAAAGAGCGUUUCCGCUCUCCGAACAAGGGCUAUGUAAUCAUUUCAAGUAGUCUAAAGCAGAUGAAGGAAAUUUAAGGACUGAAGGAUUUUUAAGUCAGAGGAAUGCACGUCUGGUCCUCGCUGCGAAGGCAAACUCCGUUAAUUGCUUGAGGUCAAACAGGAGACUUUAAGUGUUAAAGUCAAACACCACCGGCUCACCCUCUGUCCUUGGCAGAGCUUGAGCGCUCACUUAACCGGCGGCUGACGUUGUGACCUGUCUGCGGUGAACGUCUCCCCUGGUCUGACUAAACUCGGGCGGGAGAUCGGAGGUAGACGAAUGGAUUCCUCGGCAAGCACAUUUCUCAGUUACAGAACCUCCAGACAUGAAUUGAAGUUACGACUCCCAAGCUGCAUCCGUCUGGCUGAAACAGAAAGGGUAGUGCCUUUAUUUUGGGAGACUUACUAAGGUGGUAGAAGUGACCUUUGAUUCUAAGAAACACCUUUAUCCCAAUGAAGCAACGUGGAAGGUGAAUUUACUCAAAUGCUUGGAUUUUAUUAGGUCAUUUUUCAUUGGUAGGAUGUGCACUGGUGUGUGUGUGUGUGUGUGUGUGUGUUGUAACUAGGGUUUCAUUGUUCAUUUUUUCUUUCUUUUUUUUUUCGCCCCAUUGGCUGGGCUAAUGCGUCCACCUAGAAAUGAUGUAUUGUUAAAUACCCUCUGCUUUAUGAACUUCUUGCCUUUUGUAGCGCUCAAAGCCCACUGACAAAAAUGGAGCCCUACAAACGGGUAAAGACAGGAUAAGAAGAUUACUUUUAUUAUUUAUACAUGUUGGUUUGUUUUAUUUCCUGUUUUUGUUUGGGUUAUUUGUGCCUCUGGCAGUGAAAUAUGCUUUGGAAUGUCCUUGUGUCCCUGUAGCCAAAAAUACAUGCUAUGUACGUGAACAUGUAUCAAUAUGCAUGAUUGCCAUUAGAAGAUAGGACAUUGCUUGCCCUUUACUAUUAUAUAUAAGAUGUUUUCAAACAGCACUCCAAGAGUUGAGCCCAACCACACCAACCGAAUCCGAAGAGUUUCAUGAGGUAUACAAUACUGAAUGUUUUCCGUUUUAAAUGAAGGUUGUGCACUUCAGGUCUGCUUUAAUACGAACGGAUUUGUUUCAUUUGAAGUUUUUUUUUGAUUUAACUCUUCAAGGAGCGGCUUCAAACGCCGCUCCUUGUAGUGGCUAGAGUAAUUCGUAGAUUUCUGUGUUAGAUUUAUUUUCAUCAGUAGUAUUUUUUUUUUCUCUUCCGAUUAUAAAUCCAACUUAAGACGGUUCUAUCUUCAUAGCAAUAGUGCACCCAGCAGAUCGGAUAUGAGUUUCUCCUUUAGUAGGUCUCCGAUUUGUGUAACAGUAGGACUGAAGUAAAAGAAAUUUUCCCUUACGACUAAAAUGCAGCACUUUGCAAGGAGGACAAAUUCAAGUAAAUGAAACAGAAGUUAAAACUAUAAGAAAUAGAUUCCAGUUCCACCGUGGUAGAAAGUUCAUGGUCUAUUUAACAUAGUCUUGUGCCUUGAAGUUUCAGUAAUAGAAUUUAUCUUUAUACUGUAGUUGUAUUUUUAUUCCGAGUCCUGUGUUUGCCUCUUGUUGGUAUUCAGUGCUUUGGAUGUAUUAAGGAUUUAUAGAGAUCAAGAAUAUGUUUGCCUUGCUUUAUUUUCUUAAUUGAGAAAAAAAAAAAAGGAUAACAUUAGGGAGAUGUACUUGGGCAAUAUUGUCGAUGUAAAAAGCUAUAGGAUUUUGAUGUUUUUUUUUUUUGUUUUUCAUCCCUGAUAUGUUGAAUGUUUCACAGAUUAUUAAGUAAAGUGUGUUCGUUGGGAAAUAUUCUCCAUUUUAACGAAAAAACUUGGCCUCAAACAUAAUCUUCCAAUCACAUUGCAUUUUAUGGAAAAAAAAAAACAAAAACUUCAACCUUGACCGGAAGGACAACGAGUCUAAGAUCUGCACUUUAUAAAGUAUGUUUCCCGGCAGGACACCCAUUAACUUUUUGUAUGUGUUUUUUACCUUUGUCCAAAGCUGUUUUGUUUUCAUAUUAUUUUUUAAUUUAGUUUCAAAUAAAAGGGAUGGGUAGUAUGUAUCUAAAAAAAAAAAUUAUUUUAACCAAACAGACUAGGUGUCAGUGGUAAUUCACCAUCUGCCAAGCCUUGCCUUCCUGACAGUGAAAAGUAUAGUUUGUGUCUACUUUUAUAGUAAUGUGUUACUGUAUAAUUUGUUUGCCGUAUGUAACAGAUACACAAUAGUAAACAACAUUUACCUGC